AUGUCGUCUCCUUCUGCGUCCCUCCGCAAGAGAGGGCCCGCGAAACGAGAUGUCGCCGAGCCAGUCCCCCCCGAGCCUCGCAAGGGCGGCCCUGCAGCUGCUGUUGUUUCUGCCAAACCACCUUCAGAAUGGGAUUACUGGGUUGGAAUGGUUGUCAUGACAGCGCUGGCUUUCCUCACUCGGUUCUGGAAUAUUCACUAUCCCGAUGAAGUUGUUUUUGACGAAGUGCAUUUCGGAAAGUUUGCAUCGCAUUAUUUACAACGCUCGUACUUCUUCGAUGUCCACCCUCCCUUUGCCAAACUACUCUUCGCUCUUGUCGGCUGGCUGGUCGGCUACGAUGGCAGCUUCACCUUUGACAACAUUGGCGAGUCAUACAUUGACAACAAUGUCCCGUACAUCGCCUACCGCUCUUUGCCUGCCACGCUCGGAGCGCUGACGAUCCCGGUCGUUUUUGACAUCAUGUGGGAGUCUGGUUACUCCUUGCCAGCAUGCGUUCUAGCGGCCGGUCUGAUGGUCUUUGAUAAUGCUCACAUUGGCGAGGAUCGCUUGAUUCUGUUGGAUGCAUGCUUGGUCUUGAGCAUGGCUUUGAGUAUUUUGUGCUACGUCAAAUUCUACAAGCAGCGUCACUAUGAAUUCUCGCGCAAGUGGUGGAAAUGGCUUCUCCUGACCGGUAUCUGCCUGAGCUGUGUCAUCUCUACCAAAUACGUCGGUGUCUUUACCUUUGUCACCAUCGGUUCGGCUGUUGCUAUUGACCUCUGGAACCUCCUCGAUAUCAAGCGCCCUCGAGGCACCCUGUCGCUGUUCAAGUUCGGCCACCAUUUCGCGGCACGGACAUUUGGUCUUAUCAUUGUUCCGUUCUUCUUCUACCUGUUCUGGUUCCAAGUUCACUUUGCCAUUCUCACCCGAUCUGGACCUGGAGACGAUUUCAUGACGCCCGAGUUCCAGGCUACGCUUUCUGAUAACUCGAUGAGCGCCAACGCUAUUGACAUUAAUUACUUUGACGACAUUGUGAUCCGCCACAAGGACACCAAGGUUUUCCUCCACAGCCACUUUGAUCAGUAUCCUCUUCGUUAUGACGACGGCCGUAUUUCCAGCCAGGGACAGCAAGUUACAGGUUACCCGUUCAAUGACACCAACAACCACUGGCAGAUUUUGCCGGCAAACCCUUUGCCUGAAGACACCGAGGGUCUCGGCCACAAGGUCAAGAAUGGAGACAUUGUCCAACUCCGACACCUGUUUACCAACUCAAUUCUUCUAACGCACGAUGUGGCCUCGCCUAUGAUGCCCACCAACCAGGAAUUUACCGCUGUGCCGCUGGAGCUGGCCGCCGAGGAACGACGUGAGGAUACUCUGUUUGAGAUCCGAAUCGAGAAUGGAAAGGCUGGUCAGAAUUUCCGAUCUCUCUCCAGUCUUUUCAAGCUUGUCCACGUUCCUACUAAGGUAGCCAUGUGGACACAUCCUACCCCUCUCCCGGACUGGGCUUACAAGCAAGCCGAGAUCAACGGAAACAAGAACAUUUUGCAGUCUAGCAACGUCUGGUAUAUUGACGACAUUCCGUCGAUUCCCGAAGGCUCACCGCGCUUUGAGAAAGAAGAACGCAAGGUCGAGCAGAUGUCAUUUGUCCGCAAGUGGGCGGAGCUGCAGCGUGCCAUGUUCUUCCAUAACAAUGCUCUCACCAGCGAGCACCCAUACGCAAGCGAGCCGUUCCAAUGGCCAUUCCUUCUCCGCGGUGUUAGCUUCUGGACCAAGAACGACACUCGCGAGCAGAUUUACUUUUUGGGCAACCCAAUUGGCUGGUGGCUCACCAGCAGUCUGCUGUCUGUGUUUGUUGGUAUUGUUGGUGCUGACCAGCUAUCUUUGCGACGGGGCAUCGACGCUGUUGAAGAGAUUUGGGGCCCUGGUGCUCGUGCUCGACUUUAUAACAGCACCGGUUUCUUGUUCUUGUGUUGGGCUGCUCACUACUUUCCGUUCUGGCUGAUGGGUCGCCAGCGUUUCCUGCACCAUUAUCUCCCAUCCCACGUCGCCUCCUGCCUUGUGGCUGCCGCUCUAGUUGAAUUCAUCUUCACAUUCGACACGAUUCCUCCACCGCGCGCAGAUAUUGUGGCCGACCCUUCAAGCAAAAGCAAGGUUGUCUUGCGCCGUUCCCGCACAGCCAAGGAGCGCCUGGGCACGCGAUCUCUGCUCGCAGGCUGGGCUGCCACCGGCGCUAUCCUGGCUGCUGUGAUUUACUCGUUCCUGUUCUUUGCGCCGCUCACAUACGGUACUCCGGGACUGGAAGCGGAUGGCGUGAAUGCCAGGAAAUGGCUCUCGUACGACCUUCAUUUUGCCAAGUAG